GGGGUGCCUCGCUGCAGCUGGGCAGGCGUUGGACACCCUCACCCUGCUUCCUUCAGGCGCAGCUUCGAACGGCGGGCCCUCGAAGGAGAAAAAAACCCCGCGGGAUCGAGAGCUUGCAGCGUUGCCUGGUCCGGGGUGCAGCCGGAUCUUAAUCAGUAAGAUGCCUUUGUGGACUCGACAGUUAUCCAGAUGCUGCUCUUUGUUAAAUGCAUACAAUACUAUAAAGAGUGCAGAGCUGAGAAAGGAAUCAGUAAUAAUGUGGACACCUUUUCUUGAACCAUCAAUGUUGAAGUGCCUUUGUCCUUACGGAUAUUAUUGCCACAUGCUGUUAAAGAACUUUAGAACUUUGCAUCUGGAGAAUCACAGGCAGUUCUGCAGCUCAAGUACUGAACCCCACCAGACUUCACUUUCUGUCAUUGACAAGCCGAAACCUGAGAUAGUACCUAUUUUAGAUACCGAAGAAUUGCUUCAAGAUUUGGACUAUGGCUUGCCUAUAUCUCCCUUGGAGAAAAUUUCAGAAGAUGAGUCUCUUCAAAUCAAAGCUGCACCACCACCUCCGUUAGAAUCUUUCUCACUUAGAGAUUAUGUUGACCAUUCGGAAACAUUGCGCAAAUUAGUGCUUCUAGGAGUCAACUUGUCCAUUGUGGAAAAACAUCCAAAUGCAGGCCAGCUUCUUGUAAAACUCGAUUUUGAAACUGAUAUUAAAAAAAUCCUUCUAUUUCUUAAUGAUAUUGGUUUGGAAGAUACACAAUUUGGGGCAUUUCUCACUAAAAAUCCUUAUAUUCUCAAUGAAGAGGUUGAAGAUCUAAAAACAAGGGUUGACUAUCUAAUAUCAAAAAAAUUUUCCAAAGAAGCAGUUACACAAAUGGUCUUAAGGGCUCCAUGUUUACUCCUCCUUUCUGUGGAAAAUCUGGAUGAUAGAUUGGGUUUCUUCCAAAAUGUACUUGGACUAAAUCCAAGAAAGACUAGAAAUCUGGUAACCCGUCAUCCAAGAUUGCUAACUGGCAAACUUGAACCGAUUGAAGAAAAUCUUGCAGUAUAUGAAGAAGAACUUGGAUUUAGUAAGAAUGAAAUCCGUCAUAUUGCACACACAGUCCCUAAAAGCUUAAGUACAGGCAAAAAGAAGUUAACACAGAUUUUUGAUUAUGUGCAUAAUGUAAUGGGCAUUCCCCACCAACUUAUGGUACAUUUUCCUCAGAUUUUUAAUGCAAAGUUAUUACGAAUCAAAGAAAGACAUCUCUUUCUUAAGUUCCUGGGAAGAGCCCAAUAUGAUCCAGAGCAACCAAGCUACAUCUCCUUGGAAAAAUUGAUAACCUUGCCAGAUGAUGUGUUUUGUGCUGAAGUUGCUAAAACAGAAAUAACAGACUUUGAAAAGUUUUUGAAAACGCUGUAAAGAA